AUGAUAAAUACCAUAAUAAAACGUUCAAUAAUACGUUAUUAUUCAAUUGGUAAUUCAAUAUCAAAACGAUAUUUAUCAAGUGAUUCUGGUGAUGUAUUUAAAUUACAAGAACGUGGAUUUUUCUGUGAUAAUCUAACUGAAACUGAUGAUAAUCUUAGAAAACUUGUUACAUCAAAAAAACAAGCAAUCUAUUGUGGAUUUGAUCCAACAGCAAAAUCAUUACAUAUCGGUAAUUUAGUUGGCCUGAUUGGAUUACUUCAUUGGCAACGAGCAGGUCAUCAACCAAUUGCACUCUUAGGCAGUGCCACAGUACUAAUCGGUGAUCCAUCUGGACGAUUACAAGAACGUAAACAAACUUUAAGUAAUGAAGAUAUUGUAUCUAAUACAGAGAAUAUUGAACGUUUAAUACGAUUGAUAUUUCAAAAUCAUGAAAAAUAUUUUUGGAAAGAUCAACAGAAAAAAUUAUUACCUUUGACGAUAGUAAAUAAUUUAUCAUUUUAUGAAAAUAUGAAUACAAUUACAUUUGUUUCAACAUAUGGUCCACAUUUUCGAAUGAAUCAAUUACUUUCACGUAAAGUUAUUAAAACACGUAUUGAAACAUCUCAUGAUGGAUUAGGAUAUAAUGAAUUUAGUUAUCAACUUUAUCAAGCUUAUGAUUGGUAUUGUUUAUUUAAACAACAUGCUUGUCGUUUUCAGGUAAUUGAAAUCUUCUAUUAUAAUCAGUUAUCUUAA